AUGAUCGAGGUUUCGCUCACGAAGUCUAUGUGGGAGCGCGAGAGAGAAGGGCUCACCAUGGAGAGCUGCUACAAACUGUACACAUGGAUCAACCACACAGUUUUGAUGCUGCUUCUACAGAUAUUUUGGAAAAUGAGCCAAAUAUCGGAUUACUUUAAAGAAAAGUCGAUAGAAGAUAAGAAACCGGACGGGUCGUUCAUGUUUUCGCCGCUCACAAAGGAGUCGAAAUUAAGAAGGCACAUAAGGUCGAUGUCAGACGUCCAGAGCAGUACUCCCUACCGACUUCCGUUCAGAUCAAGGAAGGGAAGCAAGCAUAUCUUAAUGUACGACUCUGAUUCUAGAGCUAAAAGGAUCAUGGCCUACAACAGACAUAAGCUUCUAGAGUCUUCAGAUUCAAGUGACUUCGACGCACCUAAAAAUCAAAGGAGCAUAGAGAAUAAAAUUAUGAAGCACACAGAUUCAAUGCGUAUACUUUAA